UAAAAAAAAUUGCGUGAAACAUAACACAGUGUUUUGGUAAUGCAUCAAGUACAUCAUUUUAAGAGCGUCUUCGCUGCUUAGAAUGGUAUAGGGAGUAAAUUUCUUAACACUUAGUCGUGGUUUCCUCCUGAAGUACGUUUCUGCUAAAUCUUUGUAGUUAUAAUAAAAUCACGAAAUGUCAUUCGCAAGGAAUGCUUAUAGACGAUUGCCCACAGCUAAAUAUGGCUGUGCCGAAACGGAUGGAGAUUUUGGUAUGGAACAAAUAAACCAAAACGAUGAAGAAGAUGAGGAUCUUGCUGGUUAUUCCUUGGACUUCGCUGAACCUAAAGAUAAUUUCGUCGGACAAAUAAAGAGAAGUUGUGAAUUUACGAGACGAAAGUUAAUGGCGGUACUGCACAUUGUUUUGAAAUUUGCAUUUGGGAAAUGGCCGGUCGCCUUAUCGAUCUUAAUUUGCUAUAUCUGCUUAACAAUUGCCCUUACAGCAAUAGCUCUAACUGGAAAGUAUCACGAAUUUCGUAAAGACUUGUCACUUAAUUCGUUUAUGGUACCAGAUAUCAAAGUCUCAAACGAUUUCGCUGCUUUUAACGCAGCGAAGAAUCAAGAACAGUCAUAUCAUUCGACCUCGUUUGCUACGUUUAUGAAAAGAAAGUUAUGUACUGGAAAUGGAAUAAAUCCAUCUCCAAAAGAAGACCAUAAAAGAUUAAAGAGAAGCACUCCUUCGGAUCUUCAAAUCCGACCUUCAGGCACACUAGAUUUGGUGUACGUUGCGAAGGAUGGCGAUAAUAUUUUUACGGCUGAAAGAUUACAAGAGAUUCAUAACAUUGAGACAACUCUCAUGACCCACGCGAAUUACGAUAAACACUGUUUAGUUUUACCACCAUCUAUGGAAAAGGACAAAACGUUAGGGAAAUAUGGCAAGUGUGUUCCUCUUAAGUCUUUGACACGUUUCUUUUUUGGCCCCGAAAACAAAUUUAAAUUUGAUGAGACGAACGACGCAAAGUCUUGGAUUGAUAAGACAAUUCAUUUUUUAAGAAGUAAAGAGUAUUUCUAUUCGUUUGUAUCUAACGAUUAUAGCAAGAAAAAUGUCAGCAAAAUUUUGAGAGCGCAGAUUCUCUUUGGCAAACCAGUAGAAGGGAUAGAAAAUACGGCGAAAGCACAGAAAGAUGAAUACAAACGAUACAUAACAACAUAUGUAAGCACUUUGGAGAAGUUAAAUAAUAACAACCAAGUCACAAUUCUUUAUGGUGGAGGGGAUCUAUUCGACUAUCUUGUGAACCAUGCCUUGUUAGAUGAUCUUCGCCUUGCAGCCAUCAGCCUUGGAUUGAUAAUACUUCUUCUACUGAUCUUGACAUUCUCAUGGUGGUUGACGUUUAUGGCAGUGUUUAGCAUUGUCUCAAGUAUUGCCUUUGCAUAUUUCUUUUACCGUGUUGUCUUUGGUAUCCAAUACAUGGGAAUUUUGAACGGCGUAUCUCUUUUUGUCAUAAUCGGUAUUGGUGUUGAUGACAUCUUUGUGUUCAUUAAUACAUUCCGACAAGCAGUUGAUAAUAAAGAUGUAGGAAACAGAAUUAUGCAUACAAUUUAUGUUGCUGGAAAGGCAACAUUCUUUACAUCGUUCACAACUGCAGCAGCUUUUGGUGCAAAUGCCUUGUCCCCAAUUCCAGCCAUUCAUGAUUUUGGUGUGUUCAUGGCAAUUCUGGUAGCCAGUUGCUGGGUCAGUGUUCUCUUUAUUAUGUCCCCAAGCCUAACACUUUGGCAUUCUGGGAUUGAGCAUCUGGAGUCGGCCAUGUGUAACAAAGCUUUGUCAGCGAUUGGGAUCCGAAGAAGUGAAAGACUCAGAUUGCCUGAUGACAUUCGACAGUUCCUCUCUGGAAUUGCAAGCACUGAAAGUUCUGGACAUGAGGUUGAGAGUAUUCCUCUGGUGACUCAUUCUAAUAAUGAUGAGGUUAACAAUGAUGAUGAUGGUAAUGAUGGUAAUGAUGAUGGUAAUGAUUUGAAGAUGAUGAUGAUGAACCAUUGCUUGUACUUGAUGAUGAAUCAAUUGCAACAUCCAGUUACAAUGAUAGAGACCCUCUUGGUUCGACUUCAAAGUAUUUUGUAUCACUACCUUGCUAUGCCUGUCAUCAAAGGCCGGAUUGUCAUUUUUUGUGUGUACUUAUUUGUUCUGAUUGGUUCUGCAUUAUUAAUGUCUAAAAUAAAGGUGUCAACAGAACAACCAAAGUUUUUCAAGGCUGACAGUAAUUUACAAAGAUGGCUUGAACUUCCUGAUGUCAGUUUGAAACAAAAAAAUGAUCAAAUGAUAAAGGAUAUUGAGCUUAUAGAGAAGCGCCUCAGUCACGUGAAAUCAACAGUGACUCCUUCAACUGAGAAGACUAGAAUACACACACGAAGAGUAAUAAGAACCAGCGAACGUACCACCCGUCAUCCAGAAUUUAUACCUUCUACCAAACCGUGGUUACCAUCAACCUGGUUUCGGUCAACGAAGUCACCAUCAACAUGGAAACCAGCUACAAAGUCAACCACAACAAGAUUCAAACGUCCGACUACGGAGCCAAGGAAGCCAUCAACCCACAUCACAACAGUUGCCACAGAAAGCACAACAGAGAAAGAAAGAAGCACAACAGAAAAGGAUCGUACAACUUCCACCGUCUAUGAGACGAAAGAGCGGCCAUCAACUAUCCGCAUACCAACGAAAGACUCCGAAGAAAGAACAACGCCUGGGUUGGUAACGACUUUACCAACUAACAGUUCCAAUUCUCAGGGUUGUACACCUUCUUCUUGUAAAAACUACGGUAAAUGCAACAACGUGACUGGAAAAUGUGAUUGCUACUUUCCCUACACUGGCGAUACUUGUUCACAUUACUGUCCAGUAAAAACGGUAAAAGGAAAGUGCUGCUUUUUACCUUUCAAGUACAAAGGCAAAAUGCAACAAGGCUGUUUGAUUGAUAAAAAUACUGGCAAACCUUGGUGUUUAGUAAAACCAGUUUAUAAGAAGAAAGAAGAUAGAGAAGAUUGCAACACGACUGUCUCAGACGAUUGUCACUUCCGUACUAAUACCCCAAACAAGAGUUGCUGUAGCAUUCCAUUCACGUACAAUAACAUUGAGUAUUAUACGUGCAUACAAGAGGAUGGUUGGGAUGGAAAAUAUUGUGGAAUUCAGCGUCACAUCUCAUCUCGUAGUGAACUCGUGCGCUGCGCAACUUCUUUGUGUCCACCAAAUGCAUGUAAACCUGUUAAAGCACCGUCAAAUAAAGCAACUGCCCUUGUGUAUCUCGUUUUUGGAAUUGAGGGAGUUGACAAGACUUCUGUUGAUCUACGACAUGUUUUAAAACAGACAGAGGGCAAGGUACUUUACGACGAGGCAUUUUCAAAAGACAUCAGUUGUGACACUGAACGUAUGCUCAAAGCUGCCUGUAAAAUUUGUAAAACGUUUAGCAGUAAUAGGAAGCUUGUUAGGUCGAAGAACGAUUCUGAGUGUUUUCCCACGAGUGUUGCUAAGGUCUUAAUGCAAAGAUAUCCGCACGAUUGUAACGAUCUUCCAUUGCCUACGCACAAUACUGUGUUUAAGAAGAGUACUCUCGUGGUUAAAGAAAACACUGAACGGCGCUAUGAAGUUCGAUGGCUAGCGAUGGCUUUCUUAUCGACGACGGAAACGCUCUCCAGCUACAGUUCUCAACACAAGGAUUAUAUCCUGUGGGAGAAACAAUUAGAAGAUGUUUUAUUCCAAAAUGACAUUCCCCAUUCAUGGAAAAGUGGUUUUCAAACAAGUGAGACUUGGGUGAAGAUGUUCAGUGGUAUGAUUGUGGUAAAUAGCGCCAUAUAUGGAAUUGCCGUCUCCUUAUUGCUCUGCCUAGCAGCUGUUAUUAUCUUUACUGGGCAUGCGCUGCUGUUUAUCAUUUUAUUGCUGACUAUCCUUGGUGUCCUGUUAAUGGUCACUGCAAUAUUUUAUCUGACUGGUUGGCAAAUCGGUGGAGUGGAGGCCAUCUCUCUUUCAAUUCUUGUUGGAACAUCAGUUGAUUAUUCGUUUCAUCUUGUUGAGGGAUAUAUUCUUGCAGGAAAUGCUGUCAGUUCAGAUUUGAAUAACAAGCACGCUCGUCAGUGGCGAACAAAAGCAGCAAUGUCUCAUAUUGGUAUGUCUAUCAUCAGCUCAGCCCUAACCACAAUUCUCGCUGCCAUCCCGUUAUGUCUCACGCAAAUACAGCUGUUCGCCAAAUUUGGUCUAAUUGUCACCAUCAAUACUGGUAUAUCCCUCUUAUACACCCUUACUGUUACCAUAGCAAUGCUGAGUAUCUUCGGGCCGGCAAGGUUCCGUGCUAGUUUCCGCGCGUGUGUAGUCGGAUUUAUUGUAGUUCUCGCACUUGGAGGUUUGGGGGUCCUCGUUUUGUAUUUGAUGUCCACCAAAGGAAGCUAUUGUAUUCAGAGUCCAUCUGGAACACCACUUUUUGACUGCUGAGUGCUUCGUGUUGCAACAUUAUAGAACAUGGUAGUUGUGGGACACUGGAACUGUAUAUAUUAAUGGGUUUAUAUGGAUAUUAAAUGAUAAUUCAGCCUGCAUGAUCAGGGGUUUAAAACGGACAGGUUUGAUUAAAUAGAGUUUAAUUAUAACUGCCUAAAAAUACAAAGAAACUGAAGUUUUCCUUGCAUUUUUCAGGAAGUCUGUUAGGCUAAGCUAUUUAAGAUUCUACUUUUCUGGUAAAAUGUUUACAAGAUGAGACCGAAGUAAGCGUGUAUAUAAACUAUUGGAAAUAUAUAAUUUUUGUACGACUAUCUUACUAUUCCCGCUUUGUACAGUGUUUUUCUUGUAGCACAAGAAUAAUAAAAUGGAUUUAAA